CACUCUUCAACCAAAAAGAAAAAAAGAAAAAAGAGGAAGCUCUUGUAUUCGAGAGAGAGAGAGAGAGAGAGAGAGAGAGAGGGGAGAAAAACAAUGGAGGGGAAAGAGGAGGACGUUCAUGUAGGAGCAAACAAGUACUCAGAGAGGCAACCCAUAGGGACCUCAGCCCAAACAGACAAAGACUACAAGGAGCCACCCCCAGCUCCGUUGUUUGAGCCUGGGGAGCUCAAGUCAUGGUCUUUCUACAGAGCAGGGAUUGCUGAGUUCAUGGCUACCUUCUUGUUCCUUUACAUCACCAUUCUCACUGUCAUGGGGGUUGUCAAGUCCCCAUCCAAGUGCUCCACCGUGGGCAUUCAAGGGAUCGCUUGGGCCUUUGGUGGCAUGAUCUUUGCCCUCGUCUACUGUACUGCUGGAAUUUCUGGUGGGCACAUUAACCCAGCAGUGACCUUUGGCCUGUUCUUAGCAAGAAAACUGUCCCUGACCAGAGCCAUCUUCUACAUGGUGAUGCAGUGCCUGGGUGCAAUUUGUGGUGCUGGUGUUGUCAAGGGCUACCAGAAGGGACUCUACGAGUCUCAGGGCGGUGGGGCCAACGUCGUGGCCCCCGGCUACACCAAGGGUGAUGGAUUGGGUGCUGAGAUUGUGGGCACCUUCGUUCUUGUCUACACCGUCUUCUCUGCUACUGAUGCCAAGAGGAGUGCCAGGGACUCUCAUGUCCCUAUUCUUGCUCCAUUGCCAAUUGGUUUUGCUGUUUUCCUUGUUCACUUGGCCACCAUCCCCAUCACUGGCACUGGCAUCAACCCUGCGAGGAGUCUCGGAGCUGCAAUCAUCUACAACAAGGACCAUGCUUGGAAUGACCAUUGGAUUUUCUGGGUUGGACCAUUCAUUGGAGCUGCACUCGCUGCUAUGUACCACCAGAUUGUGAUCAGAGCAAUCCCUUUCAAGAGCAGGCCUUGAUCAACAACUCUCUUUAGUGCCCAAUAUCUCGUGUCUUGUUGCUGUGUCCUCUUUUUUCUCUUGAGUGUGUAAAUUUAAUUAUGUUAUCUAUUGUAAUCCAUGGCAGUUUUAGAACUUGAAGUGCGAUGUUGUUUUCUCUAUUGCCUUCACCUCUGCUUUUUAUAAAAUAUUAUAUGGUAUCCGACUUUUGAUGCGUGCUACUUUA